UUUUUAGUUCUGCCUAGAUGGUAAUGGCCACUUCAAUAUCUGAUUUAGCCUCUUCGGAGGUUCGGCCAGAUUCACCAACCGCUGGUGCUGGUCCAGUGGAAAUGUCAAUCGAUGAUCUGGAUAAACACAUUGAAACUCUUAUGAAAUGUGAAUUGAUUUCUGAACAAGACGUCAAGUCUUUGUGCUCUAAAGCGCGCGAAAUCCUUGUGCAAGAGGGAAAUGUACAAGUUAUAGACUCACCUGUUACGAUAUGUGGCGAUAUUCACGGCCAGUUUUAUGAUCUCAUGGAAUUAUUUAAGGUCGGCGGUCAAAUACCCGACACGAAUUACCUGUUUCUUGGAGAUUUUGUGGAUCGAGGUUUUUAUUCAGUGGAAACGUUUCUACUGCUUCUUGCGUUGAAAGUCCGCUAUCCUGACCGAAUGAUGCUAAUUAGGGGGAAUCACGAGAGCCGACAAAUCACACAAGUCUAUGGUUUCUACGACGAAUGCUUGCGAAAGUAUGGAAGUGCUGCGGUUUGGAAGGCGUGCACCGAAGUCUUUGACUACCUGUCCCUUUCAGCCGUUAUCGAUGGAAAGGCCUUCUGCGUUCAUGGAGGAUUAUCUCCAUCUAUACAAACUCUAGACCAAAUAAGAGUAAUUGAUCGGAAGCAGGAGGUUCCCCAUGAUGGUCCCAUGUGCGAUCUUUUAUGGUCUGAUCCAGAAGACUCAUCAGUCGGCUGGGGUAUGAGUCCACGAGGAGCUGGAUAUCUUUUUGGUGCUGAUGUUGUCAAGACCUUUUGCGAUACAAAUGGCGUCGAUCUCAUUUGCCGGGCGCAUCAGUUGGUUAUGGAGGGCUACAAGUGGCAUUUCAACGAUACGGUGUUAACGGUCUGGUCAGCCCCUAACUACUGCUAUCGAUGCGGGAAUGUGGCAGCUAUCCUGGAAUUGGACGAGCAGUUGAAUAAGGAGUUUACCAUAUUUGAAGCAGCUCCUCAAGAAAAUCGUGGUGCACCAGCGAAGAAGCCCCAACCGGACUACUUUCUUUGA